AUGUGGAAGCCACCUAUAAACUUUCUUACGCUGCAUUACGCGUGGAUUAUCACCCUGGGCAUUCUAAGCUUGGUGAUAGUCUACCCCUAUGGUAACCUCAGAGCUAUCGAUGCUUACUUCUUCGGUGCUAGCGCCUCGACUGAGUCGGGUCUCAAUACUGUCGACGUCAAGGCUUUGAAGACCUAUCAACAGGUUUACAUAUACAUCAUUCCAAUCUUGGGAAAUUUCGGCUUCAUCAACAUAAUCGUUGUUAUUUUUCGGGUUCGAUGGUUUGAAAAGCAUCUCAAAGCAACUGCGCUGAAUCGGUUGAGGCCUGAGCCAUCCGACGGGCGAGAUGCCGAGGCGCAACUCAAGCAUGAUCCCAUUUCAAGCGACACCGCGGAUGGAGACCUGAGAGAGAAUCACCUGGAAGGCGCCUCAGAUGAGGAGAAGACGCGUACUAGCCCCGUGGACAGCCAUUUGAUCGCCUCCCAAGACGUCAAGGGUGCCACUGCAGAUACCACAGUCGACUCCAACCUCAGCUCGACAAAACCAGCUAUUCAAUUUGCUGACGAUGAACGGCCGUCUGCUAAUAAGGACAGAGCUCUGUAUAUUCCACCUCCAUGGAGACGUGAUAGAGGGACACCCUUUUCUGAGAUUGAGGAAAGAUCGGACGAUGAAGAUGAUGCUGGGCUUGAGAGAGCUCUUCAGCGUCAGAAGUCUACCAGAAGCAUAGCUUCACGCUCUCGCACUAUUGAGCACGUUGUAUCCUCUGUAUUCGUUCUAGGAAACGGCCCUAGUCACACACGAGGGAGCCAGAUGACAACGCAGAGUGGCAUGAAGCCCCUUGACUUGCCUAAUAUAUCUUCUUUUGCUACAAUAGGCCGGAACUCCCAAUUCCACAACCUGACUGCUGAAGAUCGAGAGAGACUCGGUGGUAUCGAGUAUCGAAGCUUGAAAGUCCUCUUGAAGAUUGUGACAGGAUAUUUCUUCGGUCUCCAUAUCUUCGGUGCAAUCUGUCUGGUAGGAUGGAUUCUACAUGCGGAUCCGAAAUACCGGGAGUACCUUGCCGAGUGUGGACAAGGCAAUGUCUGGUGGGGCUUUUACUCCUCUCAGACAAUGAUCAGUAACCUUGGCUUUACUCUGACACCGGACUCGAUGAUUUCCUUUCAAGAUGCAACAUUCCCUUUGCUCCUCAUGAGUUUUCUCUCCUUCGCCGGGAACACAUUUUAUCCUUGCCUUCUUCGUCUCAUCAUCUGGCUCAUGUUCAAGCUUUCUCCGGAAGGGUCCUCGCUCAAAGAGUCAUUAAAUUUCCUGCUUGAUCAUCCGCGACGAUGUUAUACGCUGCUAUUCCCAAGUCGGCCAACCUGGGCCCUGUUUGGAAUCUUGUUGAUCAUGAAUUCGAUCGAUGUCAUUCUCAUUGUUACCUUGGACUUGAACAACCCAGCCGUCAACAACCUCGCACCUGGUCCUCGGGUACUUGCUGCAAUCUUCCAAGCAGCAUCAUCUCGUCAUACUGGUGCUGCGACCUUUAACUUGGCCAACGUGAGCCCAGCUGUGCAAUUCAGCUUGCUAGUCAUGAUGUACAUCGCAGUCUACCCGAUUGCUAUAAGCAUCAGAGCUUCCAACGUUUAUGAGGAAAGGUCUUUGGGUAUCUAUAGUGAGACCAUUGACGUAGACGAAGCUGUUGAUGGCCGGUCUUAUCUCGUCAAGCAUAUUCAAAACCAACUGAGCUUCGACCUCUGGUAUAUGUUCCUUGGCUGUUUCUGCAUCUGCUGCGCUGAGGCAGGCAAGAUCGCAGAUACUUCGAUUCCGGCUUUUUCUGUAUUCUCUGUGUUAUUUGAAGUUGUUUCAGCCUACGCCAAUGUUGGACUCAGCCUUGGAUAUCCUACGGUCAACACGUCUCUAUGUGGACAGUUUACAAUUUUCAGCAAGCUUGUCAUCUGCGUCGUGAUGAUCCGAGGGCGUCACCGUGGAUUGCCUUACAAGCUUGAUCGCGCGGUCAUUCUCCCAGGCGAGCGCCGAGAAGAGACUCAAGAUGAGGCCGAAUCUCAAGGCUUGUUCGAUUGA